AUGGAUCUGGACCCUAAAUAUGAUGAAUAUGACUUCCCCCAUACGGCGGCCAUGUCACAAAACGGACAUGCGGGGCAUUUGACCGAUCUGCAGAUUGCCCAAGUUCAUCAGUUGCGAAUGAUGCUGGAGGCCGAAGGGUAUACGGAUCGUCUAGAUACCCUAACAUUGUUGCGAUUCCUCCGUGCACGAAAAUUUGAUGUCAAUCUAGCGAAGCAGAUGUUCGUUGAUUGUGAGAAGUGGCGAAAGGAGACCAAACUGGACGAGGUCCUCCCUGCCUGGGACUACCCUGAGAAGUCCGAGCUUGCUAAGUACUACAAGCAAUUCUACCAUAAGACAGAUAAGGAUGGUCGUCCUUUGUACAUCGAGACACUUGGUAGUAUUGACAUGACCGCCAUGUUAAAAAUCACUUCUGCCGAGCGUAUGCUUACCAACUUGGCCGUUGAGUACGAGCGCGUCUCUGAUCCUCGGCUUCCUGCCUGCUCGCGUAAGGCUGGCUCCCUCCUUGAGACUUGCUGUAGCAUUAUGGACCUUAAGGGCGUUACACUUACCAAGGUGCCUUCGGUCUACUCCUAUGUUAGCCAGGUUACGGUGAUAUCUCAAAACUAUUAUCCUGAGCGUCUAGGCAAGCUUUACCUAAUUAACGCACCCUGGGGUUUCUCUACUGUCUGGAGUGUUGUUAAGGGCUGGCUUGAUCCCAUUACUGUUGACAAGAUUCAUAUUUUCGGCUCUGGGUAUCAGACAGAAUUACUCAAACAAAUUCCCGCUCAGAACUUACCAAAGGAAUUCGGCGGUACCUGCGAAUGUGAGGGGGGCUGCGAGAACUCUGAUGCUGGCCCUUGGCAUGAGGCCGAGUGGGUUAAGCCCGCCAAGUGGGAGAAGACCGGGCAUGAUGCUGUUGCCACUGAUAUUACCUCUGAUGCUAAGGAAACGGAAGGCCCUGAGGUGGCGACAGGCGUUAAGUCCGUUCCUGUUCGUGAAUCUAUGGGAGCGGCCACGCAACCUGUGUAA